GUUGCCGGCUGACGUGGACCAGGUGGUGUUCAACAACUUGGAGGCAGUUCCCGAGUCUUUCGACAUCGACGACUGGUUCAAGGAUGUGAGCCUUUUCAAACUGCACCAAAAUCUUCUUCGGGACACCACGGAUGCCUCAAGCAGCAAGAAGUAUCUCGAGAAGCUGGAGAGGUGGAGGCAGCGCCAGAUCGCCAAAGGAACGGACCCAGAGGACAUUCGAACGAACCGAAGCUUCGACAGCGCGCUGCUGCCGGUGCGGAUCGCCAGGCGAAAGGCCGUUCAAGAGCUCCGCAUCGUGCUGCCCCCGGUGGAGGAGGGAGAUGAAGAGCCUUUCGACUCCGACGAG